ACGACGACAAAAAAGAAAGUGAAGAAGACGAAGCGGUGGAAGCUCUAGUGCAGGCGCGUGCUGCGCGUUGUCGGGACGUCGUCGGGCCUUAGCUGGUUAGCGGGUUAUCUAACGUAUAUAAGUUAGCGGUUUUCUUUAUUUAAUUGUCACACGACAUGAGCGAUAACGAAAAAGGUUACGGCGAGCGGCCAGACGAAUUCCUCAGGUAACAGCCGCUUGUGUCAGUCAAGACUAAUGGAGGCCUUCAGCUUCAAAUCUAAUGACAUACUUUCAAUUGCUUUUUAACCAAAAUGAAUUGGAAAAAAAUGUUAAUGUUGGAAGAAGAAAAAUGCGGAAGAAGUCUCUUGUCAAGUUUAUUUUGAAUAAUAUCAAGCUCAGAUGUGUGAAGCUGAAUUUGUGAAUGCAUGCUAUAACAUGAGGAGGGAAGAAGUGUGGGCAAUGUGUGAGAUGGGGGAAGUAAGAAGAAUUAAGACAUUUGAAGAAAGAAGAUUUUUUUGAAGUUAUGAAGUUAAGGAAGUAAUCGGGGAUGAGGUCACUGCGCUAAGAGUCACGCUCUGCAUCAAGGAGCAUGAGUCCACGGGGUUCGGGGAAGUCAGCCAGUCGCUCUCCAGCCCAUUCAGCUGCCCACUCCAAAGAGGGCUCGAGACACUCCCGCUCCAAAUCCCGGUCUCGCUCCAGGUCCAAGUCUGGGUCCCAUUCACACCGCGGUUCCCGCAGGCACUACAGUCGCUCUCGUUCCCGCUCUAGGUCCAACCGUCGGCGCUCUCGCAGCCGGUCCUAUAGUGGAGACCGUCGGCGACGCAGCCAUAGCCGCUCACCCAUGUCCAACCGCCGUAGGCACAUUGGCAACCGUGCAAAUCCAGACCCAAACUGUUGCUUGGGAGUUUUUGGCCUUAGCUUGUACACCACAGAGAGGGAUCUAAGAGAAGUCUUUUCCAAGUAUGGCCCCCUUUCAGAUGUGUGCAUAGUGUAUGACCAGCAAUCCAGGCGUUCCCGAGGCUUUGCUUUUGUCUACUUUGAGACCAGAGAAGAUGCCAAAGAGGCCAAAGAGCGAGCCAAUGGCAUGGAGCUGGAUGGUCGCAGAAUCAGGGUGGACUUCUCCAUCACAAAAAGGCCUCAUACCCCGACCCCUGGAAUCUACAUGGGCAGGCCCACGUAUGGUGGAGGUGGUCCAAGUGGUCCACGCCGCUAUUCUCGAGACUAUGACCGUGGUUAUGAUCGUGGGUAUGACAGAGGUGGCUAUGAUCGCUACGAUGACAGGGACUACUACAACAGAUCAUACAGAAGACGAUCCCCUUCACCAUACUACAGAGGGGGGGCUUACAGAUCCCGCUCCCGAUCCCGUUCUUAUUCUCCCCGUCGUUACUGAACACCAAUGUCAAGUUUCCGCCCCCAUCCACCCAUGUACAUGGUUAAAUCGUUCUGAAAAUUAGGAUAUGUGGUUGUUUUUGAUUGAUCUUUUUUAGGUGAUGUUACUUUUUGUGUAAUCAUUUUCCAAAGUGAACUGUAAAGCUGUGUCGGUGGACAUGAUUUCAACUUUAAUUAUACGUAUAUGGAACACACAAACCAUACUUGUUUUUUUAUGCAAACUUUGUUCGAGUGAGAAUGGUUCCCUUUUCUCCAUCUUGUUUAGUUAUUAAAGGAACAUGUUUUUCCACAUAAUGACUUGUGUCCUUGUCAUGUUGUUUUUACAUUAAUCCAAGUAAUUUCUUAGUUCAGUUUUUUUUUAAUAUAUAUAUAUAUAUAUUAGACAAGAUCCCUGUACUUCCCCAAUCUGAAUUGGCUUUAGGCAUGUGUUGUUCAUAUGACAAUUUUGUUUUUGAGGAUAUUUGUGAGUCUGAAUAUGAUUAAAAUGUACUUUUAUCUCUGAGGACUGCUGUUGCUAAAAUGAGCGCAUAUAUAUUUAUCCCGGCAUGUUAUCCUGGCAUGUUGCGUACAUUUACAGUUCCCUUGGCAGUCUGUCAGAUGUUACAUGGUUACCCCUCCAUUAGAUGUUUUUACCGAAUUUUGCAACAUUUGAGUUAAAAGCUCACUCCUGUGCCACCAGUUUGUUAAACUCCGUUUAAA